AUGUCGAAUCCUCUGCCGUCCGUGCCUCCCAUGGCCAGUCCUCCGACUGUCAUUCCCGUUGAUUCGUCUUCUGGCCUCUGGGAUCGGAUCACCACCUGGGCAGCGGAUAACAAGGCCGUUGUCUACACUGCCGCCGGUGUCGCCGUCGUCGCUACUGGCGCCGGUGUCAUCUACUUCCUCAACAGCGACUCCAAGAAGGAGUCGACACCAAAGCUGAGCAAGAAGGAGAGGAGGAAAAGAAAGGAGGCCGAACGGAAGGCUGCCGAGACAGAGAAGCAGCCCACAUCUACAGAGGCUGCAGCUCCUACGCAACCCAAGGCCGCUGCCGUCGAGUCCGCCGAUGAACUUCCCGAGAUCGAUGAGACCACCGUUGCGAGCUUCACCGCGGACCAGCGAGAGCGGUACGCCGCCAAGCUGAAGGACGUGGGUAACCAGGCCUACGGCAGCAAGGACUACAACAAAGCCAUCGAACUUUACUCGAAGGCGAUCCUCUGCAAAGCUAAUCCCAUCUUUUACUCUAACCGUGCCGCCUGCUACAAUGCUUUGGGCAACUGGGACAAGGUUGUCGAAGACACGACCGCCGCCAUCAACCUCGACCCUGAAUACGUCAAGGCCCUGAACCGUCGAGCCAAUGCCUACGAGCACCUCAAAAUGUACAGCGAGGCCCUGCUCGAUUUCACGGCCUCCUGUAUCAUCGACAGCUUCAAGAACGAGAGCAGCGCACAGGCUGUCGAACGUCUGCUCAAGAAGUUCGCCGAGCAGAAGGCCCAGGAGAUGAUGGCCGACCGUCCAAGCAAGCUACCCAGCCACACCUUUGUCGGCAACUAUCUCCAGAGCUUCCGCGUCAAGCCUCGCCCGGCCGGUCUGGAGGACUCUGCUAUUCUGUCCGAGGACACCGGCAAGGGUCAGUUGCAGCUCGGCUUGAGGGCCUUGGAGAAGAAGACUGGCGACGGCUACGAGGAGGCGAGAGCCGCCUUCGAGAAGGCCCUGGAGCUGGGCGAACUCGGCGAGUUCGAGGCUCUGGCCUACAACCUCCGCGGCACUUUCAGCUGCCUGCUCGGAAAGCACGACGACGCCAUGGCUGACCUGUCCAAGAGCAUCGAGUUGGACCCCUCGAUGACCCAGAGCUACAUCAAGCGCGCCAGCAUGAACCUCGAGCUCGGCGCCCCCGAGAAGGCCGCCGAGGACUUUGAGAAGGCCAUGGAGCACAACAGCGAGGAUCCCGAUAUUUACUACCACCGCGCCCAGCUGCACUUCAUCAAGGGCGAGUUCUCGGACGCCGCUAAGGACUACCAGAAGUCGAUUGAUUUGGAUCGCGACUUCAUCUUCUCCCACAUCCAGCUUGGUGUCACCCAGUACAAGAUGGGUUCUAUCGCAUCGUCCAUGUCGACCUUCCGUCGCUGCAUCAAGAACUUCAAGGAGGUCCCCGAUGUCUACAACUACUACGGUGAGUUGCUCCUCGACCAGGGUAACUUCCAGGAGGCCAUCGAGAAGUUCGACAGCGCCAUCGACAUGGAGUCCAAGACGAAGCCCAUGGCCAUGAACGUUCUUCCUCUUAUCAACAAGGCCCUCACCCUCUUCCAGUGGAAGCAGGACUUUGGCGAGGCCGAGAAACUGUGCCAGAAGGCGCUCAUCAUUGAUCCCGAAUGCGACAUUGCUGUUGCGACCAUGGCCCAGCUCCUGUUGCAGCAAGGCAAAGUCACUGAGGCGCUCAAGUACUUCGAGCGUGCCGCAGAGCUCGCUCGUACCGAGGGCGAAAUCGUCAACGCUCUGUCCUACGCCGAGGCGACGCGCACGCAGCUUCAGGUACAGGAGAAGUACCCGAAGCUUGCGGCCAAGCUCCAGGGCAUCGGCCCAGGUGGCAUGCCCCGGUAA